AUGCGUGUGGAUCGGCAUUUGCAGUCGGAGCAGCUGCUAUUACUGCUGCUAAUCGGCCUCUGGACAGCUGCAGAAAUGCAUGAGCUGAAGAGCGACGCAGCAGCGACGGCCGCCGCUCAGCUAGCGGAUGCUGAGGCCGAGCCACAAAUGGAUUCGGACGCGAGUGAGGCACACAUACGCAAGAAGCGACUCAUUUGGAUUACGGACGAUGGACGUUUGGCUCUGCCGCCCGGCACUUCGUUGACAUUUACGCCAACGAUCGCCAUGCCAAUGGUGCGACAUCCGCCUGAAGGCUUCUUCUCCAACCUGAGCAUCAGUUUUCCCGUCACAAUUGACUUUGACAAGCUCGGCCUGACGGACAACCAAAAUCCUUUGGGAGACCUGCCCUUCUUCGCCCGCUCCUUCGGCCACGGCGCUGGCCAGCUGGUGGGCGAAUAUGUCGCUCGCUAUCUGCACGUGCAGCGACGCAAGCGCGACCUCAGCCAGCAGCAGAGCAGCCAGCCCUUUAAAGUGGAAGACACGCUGCAGUUUCCACAGCUGCCCGCUGGCUUCCAGCACAUCUUUCAUGGCGGCGAACGUGUCCUGCUCUAUGGCGUCGUCGAGGACUUCCUGGCCACCUUCGGCAUGGAUGGCAAGGCCUGUCUGCUGCGCACCAUUUGCGAGAUGCACUCGCGCAGCCUCGAUAAGUUUGGUGUCUUCGGCGAGAUGACCAAAUUGUUCUUAACUGUAACCAAAUCGCCCUUUGCCGAGCUGCUGCCCGAAUACGUGCGCGCCCAGCGUGUGGGCGAGGGCAAAGCGGCGCCCGGCGAAUGUUUUCCCUACUACAAGGCCUGCCCCAAGAGCAUCUUCAAAGCGCUGGCCAACAAGUACAGCGCCCAAGCAACACGACCGACAACAGCAACAACGACAACCACAACAGAGCGACCUCUGGGUGAAUACCAUGAGCAGCAGGCAGUGCUGCUGCCCAACAGCGUUGAG